AUGCAUAAAGGAUUUACAGCGCAGAAGUAUGAUCUUGACCUUGAGACUUUUGGUAUUGUUGCUCUUGUAGACGAACCAAUCAAAUACUGCACAAACAAUCCGGCUCUCGGAAGUGAAAGCGGGCAUUGCGAGGAGAUUCAACCCAAGCAAAUGACUAGUGAUUUCUUUUAUUUCGAUGGGGGAUCAUUGAAGCUCAAAAAUUAUGUGGAUAUGAAGCUUUUGGGAGGCCCUCGACACAUGAUAAAACUCGGAACUUCUGGCGGAUGCUUCGUUUACUACAAAGUUUUUAUUUUUCCGUCGUUUGAUUUGAACGUUGAUAUCUCUCUUGUCGAUAAAACUCCAAACAACAGAAUUUUGGAACAUCUUGAGAUGCCAACAUCAAGUCUGAUCAACAACGGGCUAAAUCCUCUCUUUAAAAUGGAUAUUUUUGACAACGUAUUUUGCGCGAUCCGAGAUGAAUGCAGAUUAGAUAAGGGCGCGUGUCAGAAUUAUGACACAGAUCUUAGCAAAAAAGUGGCUAUUGAUCUCUGGGAUGUCAUCUCAUCUUCUAUUCACUUUAAAAACGCAAGAAUUGUCUCUGGCCCAAAAAUUGAGCUUGCUAAAAAUUCUAGCGAAGAAGCCGGUCUUGCAGAAAUGGCUAAACGUUGGUACUUACAGGAUGAGUCUGGCAACUGGCUCAAAAUCGCUCCACAAUCACCGUUGUGCACGAUAACUAUCCAAUUAGAUUGGUACAUGUACCAAGCGAUUACUCUUAUCGAUAAUAUCAAUAAGCAAGAAACACUCUUCAUCGAAUAUGUGAGCAUUCAAGGGGCCUUUCAAAAUGUUCUUUUAGCUGAUGCCGAUAUUAGUUUUAACAGAAAUUUCGAUGGUAAUCUGCUUGCGACUAGAAAUCGUACAUCUAUCAGGUCCCUAUUCUACGAUGAUGUCGAAAUCCAAGAUGUCGACGAUUUGCCUGCUAUUUUUGUCAUUGACCAAAGCUGUCAGUCAUAUUUUGAUUGCGUUAUCAUCGACAAGCUUCUGAUCAAUCAGACUUUCGAAGCUUGUAAAGAUGGAGAAGCCCUUCUUACCAUGAAUUCCGAUCUUUUUGUUGUCGAUGGCGAUCGACAGAUAAACAGCAGAAGUGUUCGAUAUGAGGUUCUUCAAUCAAGAAGUUUUGAGCUUUUUGGCUCAGCUAUUUCUUGCACCGCUGCUCUUUCCCCUGGCCAGCAUGAAUUUACAAUGAAAGCUGUUCAAGAUAACAGGAUUGAUAGAACUUCUUACUUGACGGUCGCGGUAACUAUUGCUGAGCCUGUUGUAAACUGGACUUCAAUUGUCACUACUCCGGUAAAAUCUGCCGAAUUUGAAAUACUUGGUUCUCCAAGCUUUGUGAUGAAUACUCAGGACCAUUCGGCGUUUAAACUUGACAUCAGCCCUCCAGCUGAUGGCCAAGAAGUCAUUCUUAUAUCAAAAACUCCUGGAUUUACUUUCACUGAUAGGUUUGAGCUUCUUUACACUGGAAGAAGAAAUUUUUUACUUUCAAACUCCAUUGAUUUGGUUGUUCAAAUCUUACUCGUUGAAAAUGAUGCAGUUAUUGCUCGAGAAGAUAGUUUUUCGCUGGGAAUUUUCAACAUAGAAGAUAGGACUGCUACAACAACCGAGACGCCUAAAACUGACUCGUUUACAGCAGCGGAAUAUGCAACGGAAAUGUUAAAUGAAUGUUCUACUCCAGCGAUUACGUGUGAGCCUUGCGCACCCAUCGAAUGUUCUUCAACAGCCGCGACUUCUUCAGUAAUGACUUCAAUGGCUUCUUCAAAAGAGGAUAAAUCUCGAAACUGUGAUUUAUUCAAAAUAUUAAUGAGUUGUCUUGCAGCCUUGUUCUUCGUCACAACAAUUGUUUUCAUCAUUUUAUGGAGCAGAGCGAGGAACAGUGCCAAUGAGAAAAUCGCGCCGAUCGGAAAGCAAGUUCUCGAAAUCAGCGAAAAUGAGGACCAGGGAGAAAGCAAAAGUUUACCAUCGGAAUCGGAACUUACUGAUUCUGAAUCAAUCAGUGAUUCAGAGUAUGCACAGCCGAAAAUAGUUUGGGUUCCAGCUGAUACGAAACUUGAAGAUCCUGUUUAUCAUACAUUGGAAGACCAUCAAGUCAUUCUUAAAAAUUUCAUAAAACCGGGAAGAAUUGUAAGUCACCGUGAGGUGCUCCUCAGGAAGAAUGGUGAAACAAAACAUGCAUUUGCAGUCGUGCACGAUAUUGAGCUUGCUAGUCGAGAUAUGCUAAAUGAAAUCAACAGCAGAAUUCAAAUCGAGACACAAAUUUCGAAAAUGCGUCACGAAAAUGUGCUGAGAUAUUACGGAUCCUGGGUCGAGCUCGACAAGCUAUAUGUGGGCUACGAAUUAGCAGAAAAGGGAAACUUAGACGAACAUCUGCGACAAUGCCUGCGUCCGGAAAAUUCAGCGUCGAAGAUUUCAAAUAAUCAAAUAAAGGAGAUCCUCUUCCAGAUCGUUCAAGGCCUUGCGCAUUUACAUAGCCGUGAGAUCAUUCACGGAAAUUUGCAAGCGAGCGCGAUAUACCUGACACAAGAGAACAUUCCUAAGAUUGGCAAAGUAUGCAACAAUCAGAUAGAUUCAAACGAUCGAAAUUUCCGGCGAUGGUGGGCACCUGAACUUUUCGAAAAUGACGGGAAACAUUCAUGCGAGGCCGAUAUAUGGGCGCUUGGCGUUGUUAUGUGGGAAGUGUGCUCCUUUGGCAAAACACCAUACGAUGAUGUCGAAUUGGAUCAACUCAGUCAAUACGUCAAAGAUAACAGACUAGACUUGCCGAAUGGUGAUUUUCCUGAUGCCUGUACUUUCAUGUCAAACUGUUGGAUCAUCGAACCUCGACUCCGGCCGGACGCUUCCCAGCUGAUUGAACUGAUGAGCGCUGAGCAAGAAGGCGACUUAUACGAAUUUCUUGUUUAA